CGACGUGUUGUCAGUUCCGCAAAUCUCAAGUAGACUAACAAGCAGGCCCACUUUAAAGAAGCACAAAACUUCUAAUGCAAUCCACGAUCUGAAACCUUCAAGUGGGAGAGUUUUCGUCUUUUUACUCUUGGGUGACCAUUCCCACUCACCAGUAUGCCAUUGGUGACGCGGAACAUUGAGCCCAGGCACCUGUGCCGCCAGUCACUGCCCAACAGCAUCAAAAGUGAACUUGAGUGUGUGACUAACAUCACUCUUGCCAACAUCAUUCGUCAGCUGGGCUCUCUGAGUAAAUAUGCUGAGGAUGUGUUUGGAGAGUUGUUUGUCCAAGCCAGCACAUUUGCAGAGCGUGUCAGUACACUUGGAGAAAGAGUGGACCGUCUGCAGGUUAAAGUCACUCAGCUGGAUCCCAAAGAGGAGGAGGUCUCUCUGCAGGCAAUUACCACGCGCAAGGCCUUCCGCUCCAGUCUGACUCAGGAUCAGCAACUCUUCAUCCGCCUCUCCUUACCCUUACCUGUGCAGGAUACCUAUUUGACCUGCGAUGAGCCACCACCUCUCAACAACCUCAGCGUGUACAGGGAUGAUGGCAAAGAGGCUCUGAAGUUCUACACCGAUCCCUCCUACUUCUUCGACCUCUGGAAAGAAAAGAUGCUGCAGGACACCAAAGACAUCAUGAAGGAGAAGCGCAAGCAUAGGAAGGAGAAGAAGGAUAAUCCAAACCGCAGGAAUCAAAACCCACGGAAGAUUAAGACCCGCAAGGAUGAGUGGGAACGCCUCAAAAUGGGGCAGGAGUUUGUAACGCCCAAACAUGAUUUGAGAAACUCCUCUGAGGGUCUGAAUGGCAGUAUUAACUCAGGUGACGACGGAUACAGUGGGGAGAUGGACUCCACUGGGUAUGAUCCGGGGUCCCCCUUUCCCCCUCCAGCUCCUGAUGAUUUGCCUCCUCCACCUCUCGACAUGUAUUCUGAUCCUGGAAGUCAGCAUCCGAAGCGCAGCAGCCUUUUAAGUCCAUCCCACCCACCUCCAGCUCCUCCAAUGGCGUCCUCUCCUCCUUUGCAAUCUCACCUAGCCCCACCCCCAGCCCCACCCCCUCCUCCACCGUGUGACAUGGUCCCACCCCCUCCACCACCUGGCUGGGAUUCCACCCCUCCAACUUCGACUCCCAUUGGCACCUCUCCUCCUGCUCCCCCACCUCCCCCCAUGCAAGGAGGGAUUCCACCACCACCUCCUCCAGCUGGUGGAGGCCCACCCCCUCCUCCUCCCCCUCCUCCCCCACCUGGUCCUCCCCCUCCCCCCUCCGCUGGACCGCCUCCCCCAGCUCCGGCCUCCUCUGGAGCCCCCAGCACCGCUGCACCGAAAGCUCAGCCUGCUCCCGCGGGUGAUGCACGCAGUGAUCUCCUGUCGGCUAUUCGUCAAGGUUUCAACCUGCGUAAGGUGGAGGAGCAACGGGAACAAGAGAAGAAGGACAACGUGGGCAAUGAUGUGGCGGCCAUCUUGUCUCGCCGUAUUGCUGUAGAGUGUAGUGAUUCUGAGGAUGACUCCUCUGAGUUUGACGAUGAUGAUUGGUCUGACUGAGACUGACCAUCUAUCUGUGUGUGUGUGUCUGUCUGUGUCUGUGUCUGUGUCUGUGUGUGUGUGUGUGUGUGUGUGUGUGUGUGUGUAUUUGUGUGUGUGCACACAUGAUCUCACUCACACUACCUGAUAUUUUUUAUCAUUAGAGUUCACCUCCAAAAGCAACCAGCAGUCUGUUUGUGGUGACUUGUUUGUAUGUUAGCUCAUGUUAGCUCAUUAAAAAAGGGGCCAAUGAUGCCGUCAUUUUGAACCAAAUAGGUGAAUCACAUAGAACCUCCCCAUCCCUACACAGAGGCAACAUAGUCCAAGUCAUCCAGAUAAUAAAGCAGGCUAAAUUGUAAAAUAUUUGGAAAGGAAAAAUCCACAGCAAGAAUACUGAUGGCAACCUUUUUCUCAUUUUGAAUGUUGUUGUGUUAUGGAUGUAUUGAUGCUACCAUCCAUAGGGUGAUGGGAUUUCUUGAUAUCCCUACAACCUAGAUGCAUCUUGCAUAAGUAUGGCAAGAUGUUGUGUUUGGUCUGUUCAGACAUCAGCUGAGUGACAGUACAAAACGUAUACCAACAUUUAACAUGGUUCCCCUAAUAUAUUGUAUAUUUUUCUGAGACUACCUAAGGUCUCUUAAUUUACCUUCAUUAUAUAUGUUACUGCAAUGCUAUCCGUAUAAGUUCAGUAUCAGCUGUCUGAUUAUUUUCCUUCUCACAGAGUACCACUUAUCACUUUUUCAUAAAGCAGGUUGCUAUAGCUUUCUUUCAUAUACUGUAUCUGCAAUAGGCAGGCUAAUUGAUUCUAUAGUGUUUUGACAUGGGGGAUAAGACCUACGUGUAAAACACACAGCCAUUUCUGUUGGUUUUAGACCAGAUUGAUACAGACUGACUUCAAGUAAACAAGGUGGGAGUCAUGGAAUAUGUGAAAAAGAUGGUGUGUGUGUGUAUAUCUGUGUUUGAGUCACUUGAAAAUGUUGUAUGUUUGGUUGUUUGGGGAU